GCUCGCCGCCUCCGUCGAACACAGAGUCACUUCGCCACGAACAAAAGCGCAUCGAUCUCGCUGUCGUCACUCCUCGUCACCCAGCCACGAACAGAGGCACCACCCAGCAUGGCCCUGCAGGCGGCGCUCCUCCCAUCCACCCUCUCAUCCGUCCCCAAGAAGUGCAGCAUCGCCGUCGCGGCGAAGGACACGGCAUUCCUUAGCGUAUCCCAGAAGGUGCAGGCGGCGUCGCUGUCGGUGAGAACGCGGGUGGCGACGACGGCGCCUGUGGCCACGCCGGGGUCCAGCACGGCGGCCAAGGAUGGGAAGAAGACCGUGCGGCAGGGCGUGGUGGUGAUCACGGGCGCGUCGUCGGGGUUGGGCCUGGCGGCGGCCAAGGCGCUGGCGGAGACCGGCAAGUGGCACGUGGUGAUGGCCUGCCGCGACUUCCUCAAGGCGGCCAAGGCGGCCAAGGGCGCCGGCAUGGCGGACGGCAGCUACACCAUCAUGCACCUGGACCUGGCCUCCCUCGACAGCGUGCGGCAGUUCGUGGACAGCUUCCGGCGCGCCGGCAUGCCGCUCGACUCGCUCGUCUGCAACGCCGCCAUCUACCGGCCCACGGCAAGGACGCCGACGUUCACGGCGGACGGAUACGAGAUGAGCGUCGGCGUCAACCACCUGGGCCACUUCCUCCUGGCGCGCCUGCUCCUGGACGACAUGCAGAAGUCCGACUACCCGUCCCGCCGCCUCAUCAUCCUCGGCUCCAUCACCGGCAACACCAACACGCUGGCCGGGAACAUCCCGCCCAAGGCCGGGCUGGGCGACCUCCGCGGCCUCGCGGCGGGGCUGCGCGGCCAGAACGGCUCUGCCAUGAUCGACGGCUCCGAGAGCUUCGACGGCGCCAAGGCGUACAAGGACAGCAAGAUCUGCAACAUGCUCACCAUGCAGGAGCUGCACCGGCGGUACCACGAGGAGACGGGCAUCACGUUCGCGUCGCUCUACCCGGGGUGCAUCGCCACCACGGGGCUGUUCCGCGAGCACAUCCCGCUGUUCCGCCUGCUCUUCCCGCCUUUCCAGAAGUUCGUCACCAAGGGCUUCGUGUCGGAGGCGGAGUCCGGCAAGAGGCUGGCGCAGGUGGUCAGCGACCCCAGCCUCACCAAGUCGGGGGUGUACUGGAGCUGGAACAAGGACUCGGCGUCGUUCGAGAACCAGCUGUCGCAGGAGGCCAGCGAUCCGGAGAAGGCCAAGAAGCUCUGGGAGAUCAGCGAGAAGCUCGUGGGGCUUGCCUGAGCUCGCCGGCACGGCGACGGCGACAUGAUGACUCUGUCGAGCAGAGGAGCUUUCGCUUCGUUGUAUUAUGUGUACCAUUAGCAUCCAUUUUGUUUGUUUCUAGAAGUUGGUAAUGACCGUCGGAGAAGAGCCUGUAAUUGUUCGAUCAUGUAUUAUUGCUUACAAAAUUUUUUUCAAAAACCGAUGAAAUAAAACAACAGGCUUAACAUCUCUAA